AUGAGGCACUGCUCAGCGCAGGCACCGCUGGGCACUAGCGCCCCCUCCAGGGUGUGCCUCACUAGCGCCCCCUCCAGGGUGUGCCUCACUAGCGCCCCCUCCAGGGUGUGUCUCACUAGCGCCCCCUCCAGGAAUGAGGUGUCGGCACUUCUGUCCUCUCUCAAGACCCAUAUACCUUCGCAUUCCAAUGUGGUCCACGAGAUCUUGACCAAAGAGGAGAAGAAUAACGAGCUCUGGGAAAAUUACCUCCAAGAAACAGCCGAAAGCCUGUCCGCACAGACUGAGGCCAAACUCAAAGUGCUGGCCGACAAGAAAAGAGAAUACGAACUGAGAGGAGAUGGUGAUAAAUUAUCAGCUAUUCAAAAGGAGGCUGACUUCCUGAAACUCCAACUCAAGACGGGGCAGGAUAACAUAAACAGGUGUUUAAGGGUCGUUCGGGUGAGCAAUGUUGAGAGGUAUGUCCUUCAGCAGAUGACAAGAGGACAGAACAUCAGCAGGUCUCAACCUCCCUCAGUCUGCCCAGUGAUGGAGCCACCUAUGAUCAGGCCAUCUCCAAAUGCACAUGGUGUUGCUGAAGGAGUUAAUACGGACAUCAUGUGGCUUAUGAUCAAAUAUAUUCUUGACAUGCUUAAGACAACUGUUGAUCAGCAGAAACUGGACACCCUAAAAAGACUUUUUUCUCUUGUAACCCCUGGCCAUGAUGCCGUGAGAAAGACCUUAAAACCAAGAAGGAAAAAGCAGAAUGGACUGACUGAAUUAAAGGCUGUGUUUAAGGACUGCAAUGAAAUAAUGGAGAAUAUGAGGAUCCCUUACCCUGCUGAGAAGGAAAUACCUCAAAUUCUAAACCCAGACAUCAAGUCUGAUGUUAAGGGCGUCCCACCAGUUCAAGAAAAUAAUUUUGAAAAGAAUGGUGGCCAUGACAACGAGAAUGAGGCUGGAGAGUUCCAUGAUAAAUGCACUAAACCAACUGCUGGCCAGCAGGAUGGCUUCAAUGGUAAGACCGUGGCGUGUCCUCAGACAUCUGUUCAGCUGAACACACAUCAGCCUAAGGCCACAGAGAAGGGGGUUGUUCAUGAGAGUGAGGUGGCAGCAGUUCACCCCUCCGCCACGACCACUGAUUCUCUGUAUACCAAGUUGAUGCAGCAGAUCUUGGUUGACCAGGAUUUGCAUGAUAGGCUCAUGUCAACUGAUCUCCAGAAAAGAGCCACAACUCUGGCAGUGGAGUCUGAGGCCAAGCUUAAGAAGCUGUCCGACCAGAAAAGGCUGGUGUUUCCACAAUAUUAUGAAUCCAUGGCGUGAAUUGCAGGGCGGUUUGACCUCCCUAUUUCAGACUUUGACCCCAAAGAGGGCAAAAGUAACAGUAACAGUAAAUUGAAAGAUUAACACAAAUAUUUGUGUCGUCUUUUUUUUUUUUACGUGUUGCACUCUGUACGUAAGUUAUGUGAAUGCUCAGAAAAAAACAUUGAUGCUUCCCCCCACCCCAAAUUGCCAUUGCAUAAUUCACACUGUCGUGAAAUCCACAAACAAACAUUAAUGAAUAAUUACUCAAUAGACUAACGUCUUGCUCGUUGGAUUUAUAGGGAAUAUGAACGGAGAGGAGAUGGAGCUAAAGCAUCAAGCCUCCAAACUGAGGCUGAUCAUCUGAACCUCAGAUGCCGUCAGGAGCAGGAGGAAAUAAAGAUGUGUUUAAGAUGCAUGCAGGUGUCCAGUCAUGAACGGUGGAUGAUUCUUCAGAAACUGAAUGAAGCAGAGGGCACCAGCACACCAAUGACAGAAAUAAAAUCAACUGAUGAGGAGUCACGUCAGACAACAAAGAAGACCUGUGUGUAAAUGCAAAGAUGGAAAGCAAGAUCUGUAAUGUAUACCCUGUAAAACAAGGGUCUGUUAUUAAGAUCAUCUGAAAGGAGUGUGCCAGUGAGAAUGUGACUACAGUUGAUCCUGAGAUGUCUGAAUUACAGUGAUUGUCUAUGUAUUUACCCCCCCCCCCCCCCCCACGGAACAUUUACUUCCUUCCAAAGAUUACUGUUUCAA